AUGUCCCGCGGCGGCACCACUCUUUACGUGACAGGCUUCAGCCACGGUACACGCGCCCGUGAUCUCGCCCACGAAUUCGAACGCCGACUCUUUGCGUUUGUGGAGUAUGAGGAUCGUCGCGAUGCUGAUGAUGCCUACCAUGAGAUGCACAACAAGCGCAUCGGCCGUGAUGACAUGCUAAAGAUCGAGUGGGCCCGUACUCCUCCAUCGGCGUCUUGGCGAUUUGACUCUGGUCGCGAUCGUGAGCGCAACCCUCGCCGGUCUCCCCGUCGUGGUCGGUCCCCCUCGCCUCGCCGCAGCACGCGCGAAUACUCCCCUCGCAAGGAUGAUCGACGUGACCGCGACCGGGACUAUGACCGCGAACGACGUGAUCGCGAUCGUGACCGAAGCCGCAGCCCAGACACUCGGGACCGGGAAACCAAGGAUGAUAGGGAUGACCGGGACCGCCGUGAAAAUGGUGCUAACGGCGAUGAACGCAAACCCCUUGACAGCCCUCCCCACGAUGAUCUUGAUGUCGCUGAGUAG